GCCUUAAACUGACGGAUGGUGCACUGAAUCGAUGGCGGCCCCCUGAAAUGAAGAAAAUAUUUUUUUUGCAAAGAUGGGUUUUAGAAUUAAUCAGGUGCACCGUCCGUGGGAAAGGUGCACAUCGAUCUGAAAAUUUGGAUAUUUGGUCACCAUCCCCAACCGGAGCCAGCCACAAAAAAUGGAUGUUUGACUCAGACGUAACGGCAUGUGGCGGCCAAAUGCCGUUGUAA